AUGCCUCUCUUUAUAAACCGGGACCAAAUAUUUGCGCAUCAGGUACACCUGCUGGAGCACAAACUGAGGAGUAAAGAGGAGCGAAUAUUGGAACUGGAGACAGAGAAUGCUAUUCUCCAUUUAAGACUUGCCGAGUGUUUGGGGAAACUCCGUCGGAACCACAAAGAGGAGACCCUGAAGCAUCAUCAGCAACAGAAGAAUGUUCAGAAGAUAACCCAGUUGGCACUUGCCAAACUCCUCGCUGAGGUCCAGGCUGUGAAACAGGACUUGAGUGAACUUUUCGCAGUGUAUUUCAGUUUUUCCACUGAGCUGGAGGAGCAGAGCAAGCAGCUGCUGAAAAAAGUAGAGCAAGCCAGCUGUUCUCUGAAUGGUCACCACGGAGACGAGGUCAAGAAUUUGCAAGAUGGUGUUGCAGCUCUGGAGCGCUCUCUGGAGGAGGAGAGGGAGAGGUGCAGAGCUGAGAGGCAGCGAAGGAAAGAACUCCAUAACGCACUGGUGGAGUUGAGAGGGAACAUCAGAGUUCACUGCAGGGUGCGACCAGUUCUACCCUUUGACCACGUCCAGUACUCCACCUCUGGAUCAAGGCCUACGUCAUCAGAAGAAGUGGUCUCUGCAAUCAGUGAUGACACGGUGAUGGUGAAUUGUAUAAAACCAGGGAUGCUGGUGCAAAACAAGAUGUUUGAGUUUGAGAGAGUGCACGGACCAGAGAAUUCACAGGAGGAUGUGUUUCAGGAAGUCAAGCCGCUCCUCACUUCUCUGAUGGACGGCUAUAAUGUGUGUAUCAUGGCGUACGGGCAGACAGGCAGUGGGAAGACUCACACCAUGAUGGGAUCCCAGCUGCUGGAGGAGCACUCAGGCACACAGCAGGAGGCACAGCAGGGAAUCAUCCCCAAGGCUGCUGCUGAGCUCUUUCGGCUGAUCUCUGAAAAGCCAGCAGAGAGCCACACAGUCGAGGUAUCAGUGGUAGAGGUGUAUAACAACGAGGUGCUUGACCUUCUGGCCAAAGAGGCACAGGGCAACGGCGCCGACCAGCGCCGGGACGUCAUCACCACCUCCUCUGGUACCAGCCAGGUCACCUCCCUCACACAUGAGCCUGUCCAUGAUGCCUCUGAGGUGAUGCAGAUCAUCAGCGGCGUUUUAAAGCUCAGGGCUCACUGUCCCACCCUCGUCCACACUGACUCCUCUCGCUCUCACCUCAUUGUCACCCUCACAAUAUCCUCCAAGAGUCCCAACGCUCUGGCUCUGGCCCGCAGGCUGCAGAGUGCCAAGAAGGACAUGCAGCGCUCCCCUCAGAAGGAGUGGUGGAGUCCACGCUGUCGCCGUGCCAACCCUUCUGCCCACCACUCAUCUGAUGAUCAUCUCUUUUUAAGCACACCUUGCUCUCCAUGCCGCUCCCCUUCCCAUUCUCCAUGUCCCUCCCCCAGGCCCAGUAUCUCUCAGGCUCCCUUCAGGACCAAGCUGCAGCUGGUGGACCUUGCAGGGAGCGAGUGUGUCGGUAUGUCUGGAGUUUCGGGUGCAGCUCUGUGGGAGGUGUCCUGUAUAAACCGCAGUCUCUCUGCUCUGUCUGAUGUACUGGGAGCUCUGGCCGAGCAGAGACCACACGUCCCCUACAGGAACAGCAAACUCACUCAUCUGUUACAGGAUGCCAUAGGUGGCGAUGCCAAGCUGCUGGUGAUGCUGUGUGUCUCUCCCACGCAGCACUUCAUCACCGAGUCUCUGCAGUCUCUGGGCUUUGGCGCGCGGGCCCGCCAGGUCCAGAAGGAGAUACCACGAAGGAAGAAUAACACCCUCAAAGUUAAGUGAUGAGACAGAGGAGAGAUUUUAUUGUUUGCAGAUGCUGUGGCAGCAUAGAUCCUGUAACAAUCAUGCCACCUAAACAGAUUUGAGGGUAUAAUUGUUAUUUCAUUAUUCUUGUGUGUUUAACUAGGGAAUAGAUGGGUUUUGCCAGAAUUGUUACAUAUUCUGUCUUUAAAUAGAACUUUAAACCAUGUUUAACCAAUUUACCAUGUCUUAUGUGGCUAUCUGAAGCCACAAAUACUUGUAUGAUGCUUGAAUGCAAAACACAUUAAUGAUGUGAAAAUAACCCUGACAAUUACCAAGGGUGCUAAGUAGUUAUGACUGACAAUGAAAUUACACAAACGUUGGGUAAUGAUAAAUCAAUAUAGUAUGAAAUCACAGUAUUUCGACAUUUUUUCAUGUCCACUGUAGAUGAUGUCAAUAGUCAAUAGUCCUCUAUCACGCAAAAGGCUUUCUGACUGAAGAAGUCUUACAUGUACGCUGCUGUAAAACAUAUCAGUACUUGCAUGCCAUGCCUUCUUUUUUUGUGUUUUGGGUGUAGUUAUAUUUAUGAAGUACUUGUACUCAUGUUUAUGUUAUUUGUAUCUAUAACAUCACCUUUUUUUUGGUGACACAUUAUGAGUCUUUCAAACGCCUUGAUAGAAUAGUCUUAGUAGAAAACGUUGUAAGACUCUUAAAUAAACAGCUGAUAUGCAGA